GGCUGGGUGGGCCCUCUACAAUUUCCCAAAUGCGAGAGUUAAUCAAGACUCACCAUCCACAUUUCUUUUUUCUUUUUGAGACCAAAAAACAAAAAUCCUUUGUUAAGUCUAUUGGUAAGAAGCUAGGGUAUGAUGAUAGGGUAGCUAUUGUAAACCCAAUGGGUCUCAGUGGGGGUUUAGCCCUUUUUUGGAAUUCUAGUAUUGUUAUUAGUCAAGUUAUUUGUAAAGACUUUUAUAUUGCAGUUCAAUUUUCUUUUCCUUCUCAUAUUUCCCAAUGGGGAAUUUUUGUAUAUAUUAAUCCCUGCAGAAACAUUAGAACUGCUCAAUGGAAUUCUCUGAUUCAAGACAGUAUCUCAUGGGGCAAUUGCUGGUUUGCCAUAGGAGAUUGGAAUGACCUGUGUUCCAAUGAAGAGAAAUCUGGAGGCAUUCCAAGAAAUCCUAACAGUUUUCAAGCCUUCAAGUCAUUCAUAAAUCAGAUGAACAUGGAAGAAUUAAAAAUGCAAGGCCAUCCUUAUACAUGGUGCAACAACAGGGAGGGUGAUGAAUUAAUAGAAGAACAGCUUGACAGAGCAUUUAGCUCUGAGGAAUGGCACCAACUCUUUCCCAAUGCAGCAGUGAAAAACAAUGUUAGAAGUGCUUCUGACCACUCUGCUCUUGUCUUGGAUUUGGGGUUACCAAAAGCGAAGAAACAAGCAAGAUUUCAUUUUGACAAACGGUGGAUUGGUAAAGAAGGAUUUGAAGACACAGUGAAGAAGGCCUGGCAAAUUCCUGUCUCAGGGACUCCAUUCUUUAAGCUGAAAGAAAAAAUCAAGAAUACCAGAAUUGCAUUGUUAAAAUGGAGCUCUUCUUUCUAUACUCAGAACCAGAAGCUAAUUGCAGAGCUUACCUCUAAACUGGAGCAACUGAACCAUGACAAGACUGAUGAUAAUUGGGACAGCUGGGCAGAAACAAAAAGGGACCUGAAUAAAGCUCACCUCCAUGAGGAGCUCUUUUGGCAACAAAAGUCAAGACAGAGAUGGCUGAGAGAAGGAGAUGCCAAUACAAGAUUUUUUCAUACAUUUACUCUCCAGAGAAGAAGGCACAAUGCCAUUACCAGGCUUCUUUGUUCUCAAGGCAGAGUGUUGACCUCUCAAAGAGCCAUUGAACAGCAUAUUGCAGACUUCUAUACCAAACUCUUCACCUCAGAGGGAAGCAUGGGAGGAGACUCCAUCAUUCACUUGAUCCCUCAAACCAUCACAGCAGACAUGAAUGCAGCAUUAUUGAAACCAGUUACUGAGGAAGAAGUUAAGGCAGCCUUAUUCAAUCUCCCAACUGACAAGGCACCUGGGGAAGAGGGGAUGAACUCUACUUUUUAUCAACACUUUUGGGAGCUUAUCAG